GAAAUGUUCACUCCCUUGUAAUUCUUCGCCCGUGCCCAACACUACUUGAGUUCGCCGCGGGCCAGAGCGGAAGGAGUUCUGUUUCCUGGCGCUGGUCGGUCGGCUACCUGUCGGCCUGCCUAACAUGUGACUGUUUAACUAACCAGCGUCCUUUCACGAAAAGCUGGUUGCCCAGAACAGCUGCCUCGUCGGGAGGAGGAGGGGAAAGAGUUCUCCGGUGGUUACUUACCGGUCUCCUCCCGAGACGGACGGAGAUGGAGCGGCUGUGCGGACCGGAGCUCCCCUUCUGGGUCGCCAAUCAAACGCUCCACUCAGAUCAGCCCGACCUCCCGGUCUGUUUCCAGCUCACUGUCCUGUCAUGGCUGCCGUGCAUUUACCUGUGGGCUGUCUCCCCUAUUUAUUUUUUCUACCUAAAGAAGAACAACAGAGGCUACAUCAUGAUGUCCAUCAUGAACCGAUUCAAAACGGUCUUUGGCAUGCUGUUAUGGCUGGUUUGUUGGACUGAUCUCUUUUACACAUUGCAUGAAAGGCAGCAGGGGCUCAGUCAGCCUCCUAUUUUCUUCAUCACCCCGCUAGUACUCGGCAUGACCAUGCUGCUGGCCACAUUUUUGAUCCAGUUUGAGCGCCUACGUGGGGUUCAGUCCUCAGGGGUUCUUUUCAUAUUCUGGUUCCUGUCUGUGCUGUGUGCCAUUGUGCCUUUCCGAUCCAAGAUCCUGCAGGCAUCCAGCCAGGUUGAAGUUACAGACAAGCUGCGCUUCACUACGUUCUACUUCUACUUUGGCUUAGUGGUCUUGGAGCUAAUCCUGUGCUGCUUCAAUGAGAAGCCUCCUCUCUUCUCCAACGUUGUUACAGACCCUAAUGUCUGCCCUGAAUCCAUGGCUGGUUUUCUAUCAACCAUGACGUUCUGGUGGUUCACAAGUAUGGCCAUCAAAGGAUACAAAAUGCCUCUUGAGGCCAAGGACCUCUGGUCUCUGAAUCCACGCGACAGCUCCAAGGCAAUGGUGCCCAAACUUCUCAAAGAGUGGGAGAAGGAGCAAGCCAAAGCAAAGAGUAAACAGAAUCUAUCCAAUGACGUCGCCUACUCCAAGCCUCCACCAUCUACUACCAACCACAUAGGAAGUGAAAGUGAAACCAGCCCAGAAGAAGUUGAAGUCCUGCUGUCAAGUCAAAAAGUCAUACCCCGCCAGCCGUCGUUUUUACGUUCACUCAUCAGAGCCUUCGGACCCUACUUCCUGAUUGGUUCCGCUUACAAGCUUCUGCAGGAUGUCAUCACAUUUGUUAAUCCUCAGCUACUCAGAAUGUUGAUCUCCUUCACAAAGCAAAAAGGUGUUCCUGACUGGUGGGGAUACGCGCUAGCCUUCCUCAUGUUCUUCACAGCUUUUUUGCAAACUCUCAUCCUGCACCAGCACUUUCAGUAUUGCUUUGUUACCGGCAUGCACAUACGCACAGCGCUUAUUGGCGCUAUCUACAGGAAGUCGUUGGUAAUCACCAAUGCUGCCAAACGCUCGUCCACAGUGGGAGAGGUGGUGAACCUGAUGUCCGUGGAUGCUCAGAGGUUCAUGGACCUCACCACUUUCCUCAACAUGCUGUGGUCUGCUCCUCUUCAGAUUAUGCUCGCGCUAUAUUUCCUCUGGCAGAAUCUUGGCCCCUCGGUUCUCGCUGGAGUUGCUGUCAUGAUCCUGCUAAUCCCGUUUAAUGCUGUUAUAGCCAUGAAAAGUCGUGCCUACCAGGUGGAACAGAUGCAGCACAAAGACAGUCGUAUUAAACUCAUGAAUGAGAUUCUUAAUGGCAUUAAAGUACUGAAGUUAUACGCCUGGGAGAACUCCUUCAAGGAGAAGGUGCUGGCCAUUCGGCAGAAGGAACUCAAUGUGCUGAAGAAGGCGGCGUACUUGGGAGCGUUGUCCACCAUGGCUUGGACCAGUGCCCCUUUUUUGGUUGCAUUGACGACUUUUGCUGUGUAUGUGACGGUGGAUGAGAACAACAUCCUGGAUGCGGAGAAGGCUUUUGUGUCUCUUUCACUUUUUAACAUACUUCGUUUCCCUCUCAACAUGCUUCCCCAAGUCAUCAGCAGCCUUGUACAGACAAGUGUCUCAUUGAAGAGAAUCCAAAGUUUUUUGAGUCAUGAUGAGUUGGAUCCGAAUUCGGUGGACAGAAAGAACACAGCGUCAGAUUUUUCAGUGACAGUUGUCAACGGAAAAUUCACUUGGGCUAAAGAAGAUCCACCUGUUCUGCACAACAUUAACGUGUUGGUGCCCCAGGGCUCCCUGCUGGCAAUAGUGGGCCACGUUGGCUGUGGAAAGUCCUCACUAAUUUCUUCCCUGCUGGGCGAAAUGGAGAAACUUGAAGGAGACGUUUCUAUACGGGGAUCGGUGGCCUACGUUCCCCAGCAAGCCUGGAUACAGAAUGCCACUCUGCGUGAUAACAUCCUGUUUGGGAAAACGUACAAUGAACAAAAGUACCACUGCGUUCUGGAGGCCUGCGCUUUAACCCCUGACCUCCAAGUUUUGCCUGGAGGAGACAUGACGGAAAUAGGAGAAAAGGGCAUCAACCUCUCAGGAGGCCAGAGACAGAGGGUCAGCCUCGCCCGAGCUCUUUACAGCGAUGCUGAUGUCUACCUAUUGGAUGACCCGCUGUCCGCUGUUGACGCACAUGUGUCCAAACACAUAUUUGACAAUCUAAUAGGUCCGGAAGGGGCUCUGAAGGGCAAGACGCGUAUUCUGGUGACACAUGGCAUCAGUUACCUGCCCCAGGUGGAUAAUAUAGUGGUGAUGGUGGACGGAAGGGUGUCAGAGAUGGGCUCUUAUCAGGAGCUGCUCAAGCAAAACGGAGCGUUUGCCGAGUUUCUCAGGAACUACGCCUUGGAGGACAUUGUAGAAGAGGAUGAAGCUACAGAGGAAAUCAUUGAUGAUGAUGAAGAAUUGUUCCCUGAAGAUACCCUGAGCAACCAUAUCGACAUGGUGGACAGUGAACCAGGGAUUAAUGAAGCAAAGAGAAAAUUCAUAAGGCAAAUCAGCAUCAUUUCAGCAGAUGGCGAAACCCCUAAAUCCCGAUCGGUGAGGAGGCAUGCUUGCAGUCAGAGGAAACAUCCAGAACCACAAGAAAAGAAGCAGCUAGAUGGGAUGGAGAAGCUCAUCCAGGCAGAGACCGCAGAAACUGGCAGGGUUAAACUGAAGGUGUACCUAGAGUACGCUAAGGCAGUGGGACUGCUGCUAUCUGUGCUGAUCUGCGUUCUGUACGGCUGCCAGAGCGCAGCGGCAAUCGGAGCAAACAUUUGGCUCAGUGAGUGGACCAAUGACGCCUUGCAAAAUCAAACUGAGGACAAUGUUAAUAUGAGGGUGGGUGUGUAUGCAGCGCUAGGCAUUACACAAGAGAUUUUAUGUCGCCACGUCUCGGCAAUUGAAGCGUCUGGAGUCCGUCAGCCGCUCGCCCAUUUAUUCCCAUUUCUCCGAAACGAUCACGGGCUCGAGUGUUAUCCGAGCCUUUGGCAGACACUCUGCCUUCGUUUUCAUGAGUGAUAUAAAAGUGGAUGAGAACCAAAAGAGUUAUUACCCCGGUAUAGUGUCCAACAGGUACGCAUCUUGUUUUUCCCAGUUUACACAACAGCAGCAAUUUUAAGUGGUGGUUUGUUUGACUUGGUUUUUACGGAGCCCUUAAAGGGACAUGGACAGAAAUAAAAUAAAUUUAAGCAAUCUAGUGCGCACCAGAUAGUUUCUGCUGCGCACCAGAAACUAUCUGGUAAACAUUAGUAUUAUAUAGCAUUCAAGCUAGCGGACUUUUGCUAUGCAAGUUAGCCAAUUGUUGUAAACGUUAGCAUUAUAUAGCAUUUAAGCUAGCGGAUUUUUCCUAUGCAAGUUAGCCAAUUGUUUGUAAGCAUUAGCAUUAUAUAGUAUUUAAGAUAGCGGACUUUUCCUAUGCAAGUUAGCCAAUUGUUGUAAGCAUUAGCAUUAUUUAGCGGUUAAGCUAGCGGACUUUAGCUAUGUAAGUUAGCCAAUUGCUUAAAUGCUAUAUAAUGCUAAUGUUUCCCAGAUAGUUUCUGGUGCGCACCAGAAACUAUCCGGUAAACGUUAGUAUUAUAUAGCAUUCAAGCUAGCGGACUUUUGCAAUGCAAGUUACUCAAGUGUUGUAAACUUUUGCAUUAUAUAGCAUUUAAGCUAGCAGACUUUUCCUUUGCAAGUUAGCCAAUUGUUGUAAACGUUAGCAUUAUAUAGCAUUUAAGCUAGCGGAUUUUUCCUAUGCAAGUUAGCCAAUUGUUUGUAAGCAUUAGCAUUAUAUAGCAUUUAAUAUAGCGGACUUUUCCUGUGCAAUUUAGCCAAUUAUUGUAAGCAUUAGCAUUAUUUAGUGGUUAAGCUAUCGGACUUUAGCUAUAUAAGUUAGCCAAUUGCUUAAAUGCUAUAUAAUGCUAAUGUUUACCAGAUAGUUUCUGGUGCGCACCAGAAACUAUCUGGUAAACAUUAGUAUUUAAUAGCAUUCAAGCUAGCGGAUUUUUGCUACGUAAGUUAGCCAGUUGUUGUAAACAUUAGCAUUGUAUAGCAUUUAAGGUAGCGGACUUUUCCUACGCAAGUUAGCCAAAUGUUGUACAGAAAUUAGCUGGUAAACAUUAGUAUUAUAUAGUAUUCAAGCUAGCGGACUUUUCCUAUGCAAGUUAGCCAAUUGCUUAAAUGCUAUAUAAUGCAAAUUUUUACCAGAUAGAUUCUGGUGCGGACCAGAUUGCUUAAAUUAAUUGUAUUUCUGUCGAUGUCCCUUUCCAGGCUCUGUAGGUUUUAGUUUCAAAAUUCCUGGCUAAUAUUAAUUCAUAUUAAUUUACCUGUUUUGUUGUUUCCAACAUUUUUAAACAGAUUGCACUGAAAUGUAAUGCUGCAACGAUUAACUCGAGUAAUUUGAUUAAUAGAAAAAAAGGCUUCGGAUCAAAUUGGGCUGCUUCGAGGAUUCAUUUAAUUAGUGGCAUUGUAAUGGUUUGUUUUGAAAGUGUUUGGCCCUCUCAGUCAAAAUGGAUUGGACGUCUAUCGCAGCCAAUGAGUUAAUACUUCAAAAAAAAUAUUUUUUUUAAAAAUUAAAACCCUAUCAUUUUCCCCCGAUUCCAAUCCUCUGAAAAUUACGUGACCGUUAAUGCAUUUCAUUGCACAUUUUUAUCGAAAACUGAAGCAAGGAUUGAAUUUCACAGAACUGCAUUCAUUAGACUGCUAAAACUGGAUGCAGAAUUUUUAGUUAAGUCUUUUUUCCCCUUUGUAUACACCUAUACAGUGGUACCUCUACUUAGGAACGUCUCUACAUACAGAAUUUUCAGGUUAAGACGCGCCUCAACGGGAAAAUAUUGCCUCUUGUCACGAAAGAAAUUUCCGGAUACCAAAGGCAAAAAUACAGUAUGGCUGGUACUCGCAGCUCCCAGAGUUUACUAAACGUAACAUACUUCUAGAUGCUCUGCCAUUGGCUAUUACCUAGCAUUCCUGUCAUCCAAUUGGCUAAGAGGAACUUCUAUUGCAGGGGUGGGCAUUACGUCGAUGUCGACCAGUCGAUCGCAACUCUAGUGUGGGUAGCUCGCAGCAUCAAAAAAAAAAAAAAAAUUUUUUUUUUUUUUUUUUUUAAAUGUACAUAGUUAAUCAUGUUAUGUGAGCAAACAUAAUUUACCGUCCGUUUUUUAAUUUAUAUUUUUUUAAAUGUGCACAGUUAUUUGUGUUUUGUGAGCAACAUAACCUCAUAUGUUGCUCACAAAGCAUAAUUACUGUAACUGUACAUUUAAAUGUUUUUCUUUUUUUUAGUUCACCCUCCUCUCUCAAGGUGGAUCGCAGGAGGUUGUCUCAUUUAAAAGUAGAUCUUGGAGCAAAAAACUUUGAGCACCCCUGGUCUAAAUGUUUGAGUGGCUUGGAACGGAUUUUGGCAUUUACAUGGAAAACACGUCUCUACUUACAGGAUUUUCAGGUUUUGAAAUAACUUCCAGAACCAAUUAAUUUUGCAAGUAGAGGUACCACUAUAUUUGCUCUCUAAAAUGCCCCCCCCGCCCUUCAAUGCAGUGAAAAACUAUCAGACAGCAAGUAGUUUAAAUCAACAGCGUCCUCUGCAGGUGUAUACUGUGUAUUGCACUGGAUUUUGGCCCUAGAAUUAUUUCAAUGUUGGGGAGUUGAUUAGCUUGCCUAUGUGCUAUAGAACAUGACUGGGUGGAUCUUUGAAGGCAAAGCUGACAACAUAAGGCAUGAAAAUGAAUGCCUGAUUGACUUAAUUCCCCUCAAACAUCUUUUAAUUCACUGGAAUUUCAUGGGUAGUUCUGUGACUGCUGCAGCGUCGUAACACAAAUUUGUAUGUCCAAACAUGCCCAUGUCAAUCAUGAACCCAUGCUAACAAAUUAGUAAAAUGAUAACUACAGUCCAUAAAGAAUUUGCAUUUGCCGUGAGAGCAAUAUAAUGACAAAUGGGAAGUGCCUACAGUAACAGUAUGCAUUCUUGUCUUUGGUGAGGAUAUACAGUGGGGAGAACAAGUAUUUGAUACACUGCCAGUGGGUCUCCACUGUACAUGUAGUCCCUGGGUUACAACGUACUUGACUUGGGUGAUUUUGACUUUACGACGCCAAAGUCUCUUCCGCCAUUGUUGUCCUGCGUAAACAGUACCUUAUUGUGCCACACAGCAAACAAGGCAACUGUGGUUUUUGAAGCUUUUUCCUUCCUCCUCUUUGACAGUUUUUUGACAGUGCUGUCGCACACAUAUGCACGCUUAUGUUCGAAACAGCGAACGUUUUAAUACUAGAACACUUGACGCAAAACAAUUCAUGUUCAAACAUCCAUCUUGUCUGAUCAAUAUGUAAAUUUAGUUGAUUAAAUUAUCCUAAUUUUCCUAGCAAAGGUCUGCUAGCUUAAAUGUUACCAAUGCUAACGUAUUUACAAUUCUCAUAGCAAGUCGCUUACACGUAACUCCACAAACUAGCUUUAAACUUAAUUACAAAUGCAUACACAAACAUAUAUUAGCUGAAACAACUUACAGCCCUAUGUGGGCUAAACCAGAGCACAGCUAUCCUUUAUCUAUGUCAGACAUCUUAAUCUGCUCAUACAAGACGAAAGUCCAGCCAGACCCAACGCUGCCACCAGAGGGCAGUGUAUCCUCCAUUUAUUAGCUGAAAAAACUUACAGCCUUAUGUGAGCUAAACGAGAGGGCAGCUGUCCUCUAUCCAUGUCAGACGAGUCUCCUACUCAGUCAUAGAAGCCAAUUUGACAGUUCAGCCACACCCAACGCUGCCACUAGAUGGCAGUAUAUCCUCCAUCAUUAAACAAAAUACAAUACUUUUGAACUUUUUGGAUAGUUACUUUCUUAAAAGGGUUCAUUCCGACUCACGCAGAAAUGCGGGUUACGUUGCCAGCGUAGGAACGGAACUCGUUCGUAACCCGGGGACUACCUGUAUUCUAUUCAUAUAUUCGAUUUAUAUAUCAUCACAAAAAGUAGUGUGAAAAUUGAACAAAAAAUGUACUUCAAAUACAAAAAUAUGUUACAUAACAUAAGCGAAUUAAGUAGUGGUGCUGUGAGAUCCAAA